UGUGCUGAGGCGUCCUUGAGCAAGAUAAACAACCCCUGCCAGCUCCAAGGUAACUGAUCUGUAGCUGACCCCUCUAGAAAAUCAUCUGUGCCAAGUGUUUAUAUUGCUGACGUGGGAGCAUGAGUAAAGCUGUAAUGAUCCCUCCUGAACAUUAGAUGUCAGUCACAGUCACCUGUAUCCAGGUUCCACUCUACGGAUUUCAGGGAAGAAACAUCUUGUAAUGGACAAGUUUAACGAGGACACAGUGAAGGUGCCAUUUGGGACAAAGUAUCUGGAUGCUGCCUUGUGUUUCCCUGCUUCAGUAACAGAUGUUCACACUGCAGUCAUUCUCACACAUGGGGCUGGUGGAGACAUGAACUUCAAACAUCUGGUUUCUCUGGCACAUGCCUUAGCUGCAGAUGGCUUCCUUUGUCUCCGUUUCACAUGCAAAGGUUUAAACUUGGGUUACAGAGUGAAGGCUUACCGUGCUGUGUGGGACUACUUGCAGUCUUUACAGAAGUUUACCAUAAAGCACAUAUUUGUUGGAGGCAGGUCAAUGGGAUGUCGUGCUGCUGCAGCUUUAGCCAGGCAGCUGAGUGAUGAAUCACAGGAUGCAGUGCAAGGGGUCAUCUGCCUGUCUUUCCCCCUGCACCCACCGGGACAGACACACGUCCAUCGGCAACGGAGUGAAGAUCUCAGGGGGCUACCUGAACACAUGCCUGUGCUGUGUGUGUCAGGCACUGAGGACAACAUGUGUGACAAGGUCCUUUUUGAAGGGAUGAUAAAAGAAAUGAAAGGUCAAGUUGAGGUUUUCUGGCUAAAAGGAGGCAACCAUGGACUGACAGUGAAGGGAAGGUCGGAGGAUUCUGUGUUGGAUGAAGUGAAUUUACAUGUCAUCACCUGGAUGAGUAAACAGGGGGAAUAGAUGAAUUUAUGUUAUCAGAUGUUUUAUUUUCUUUGUUUUGUCAUGUUCUUUCUACUAGUUGAAUAAAGGAUAUAUAUUUUUACACAAUGUG